ACUCCGCUGACCAACUGUUUUGAAGAUUCAACUUCUCACAGCGUUUUCUGUCUGCUUUUAGUUCAACUCGAUAGUUUAGCGUUAUUUUUCCUUUAUAAAAUGGCUACAGGAACGGAUCGUGCGGCUGGGUAUGGGAUGAUGUUAGUCAGUGCUGUAAUUUUUGUGUAUUACACGAUAUGGGUUGUCUUACUGCCAUUUGUGGAGAAAGGUCAUCCAAUUCAGAGAUUAUUUCUACCCAGAAUAUAUGCUGUUAUAAUUCCAGUCAUUGCCGGUGUGCUAUUGUUAGGAGUAAUAGGAGUAUUUGUCGCUGUGGUGAUGAUUAAGAGCAAGAAACCCACCCCAAAGAAAGAGAGUUGAAGAAGCUGUCUAGAAAAUGGAAUCUACUUUACAGUUAGACAAGAAAAAGAUUAAAUUAUUGUAUAAACCAAGAAACAUCUGACAAAUGGCAGAUGCACAUAGAAGAAGCUGUUGUCCAAUAAACUCUAUGUAGUAUUUGAUUUCCUUACCUUUUAUAAAGUAAACAUAAUUUUGCUUUCACAUACAUCUUGCAGAAGAGGCUUGUGUGGAGCUGACAUAAGCAGCCAGAGCAAGAACACAGGGAGAACAGAGUUUAUUAUAUCAAGUGAACUGUUCAAGCAUUUUGUAUAAAAAAGGAAAAAUAAAGAGGUUUGUGAUUAAAGAUUCUAGUAGUGUUGUUU